GCGACCCGUUCUUUCCGGUGCGGGCGGCGUGCUCGGUCCAGGUGGUAAAGCCAGCGGUCGCCGCCACCAUGAGCGUCCCAGCCUUCAUCGAUAUCACCGAGGAGGACCAGGCGGCAGAACUUCGAGCUUACCUAAAAUCAAAAGGUGCUGAGAUUUCUGAAGAGAAUUCUGAAGGUGGACUUCAUAUUGACUUAGCUCAGAUUAUUGAAGCCUGCGAUGUAUGUCUGAAGGAUGAUGAUAAAGAUGUUGAGAGUGUUAUGAACAGUGUGGUGUCUCUGCUGCUUAUCCUGGAGCUUGACAAACAGGAAGCUUUGAUUGAAAGUCUUUGUGAGAAGUUGGUGAAAUUUCGGGAAGGCGAGCGUCCAUGUCUCAGGCUGCAGCUACUCAGCAAUCUCUUUCAUGGUAUGGAUAAGAACACUCCUGUGAGAUAUACAGUCUACAGCAGCCUUCUUAAAGUGGCCUCAUCAUGUGGUGCCAUUCAGUACAUUCCAACUGAACUAGAUCAGGUUCGAAAAUGGAUUUCUGAUUGGAAACUCAGCACAGAGAAAAAGCAUACACUUCUAAGACUGCUGUAUGAUGUACUAGUGGACUGCAAGAAAAGUGAUACUGCAGCAAAAGUAAUGGUGGAACUAUUGGGAAGUUACACAGAGGAUAAUGCCUCCCAGGCUAGAGUUGAUGCUCACAGAUGUAUUGUACGAGCAUUGAAGGAUCCAAAUACCUUCCUUUUCGACCAUCUUCUUGCCUUAAAGCCAGUCAAAUUUUUGGAAGGAGAACUUAUCCAUGAUCUUUUGACCAUUUUUGUAAGUGCUAAAUUAGUAUCCUAUGUAAAGUUUUACCAGAACAACAAGGACUUCAUUGACUCGCUGGGUUUGUUGCAUGAACAGAAUAUGGCAAAAAUGAGAUUACUUACUUUUAUGGGGAUGGCAGUGGAAAACAAAGAAAUUUCAUUUGACACAAUGCAACAGGAACUUCAGAUUGGGGCUGAGGAUGUAGAAGCAUUUGUUAUUGAUGCUGUUAAGACAAAGAUGGUAUACUGCAAAAUUGAUCAGACACAGAGGAAAGUAGUAGUCAGUCACAGCACACACAGGACUUUUGGGAAGCAGCAGUGGCAACAGUUGUAUGACACACUUAACACCUGGAAACAAAAUUUGAAUCAAGUGAAGAACAGUCUCCUCAGUCUUUCUGAUACCUGAUUUUUUGUUUGUUUGUUUGUUUUUAUUCACUUCGAAUAAAUUUCCCAAUCGUAGUAAAGCAUUCAAAAAUUUA